AUAAUUGAACUACAAAAAGCACUCCAUCGGAGCCUUCACAUUUUCAUUGAAGUACUCGCGAAGUAUAACACGUAUUUAACCCGUUUCGUGUUUUGUUUCGUUUAUUUAUUAAGUGAAAUAACAGAAUAAAGUGGAAAAUAUGGCACCUAUAGAGCUGAUCGGACGGUAGUAAUAUUGCGAAGAUCGUUCAGCAGUAGUUGCGGAGUCCCUUGUUGGCCUAAACGUAAGACCAACUCUAUUGCACCCACAGAAAGUAUGACUCCAGAUGGGACUUUUGACUAUGAUUUGGCGGUCAUUGGUGGUGGGUCUGGAGGCCUGGCAUGCGCCAAGGAGGCCGUGAACCUUGGGGCGAAGGUGGCGGUCCUGGACUUUGUGACCCCAUCGCCGCUGGGAACAAAAUGGGGCCUGGGUGGCACAUGCGUCAACGUUGGGUGUAUACCGAAGAAACUGAUGCACCAGGCUGCAUUACUUGGAGAAAGCAUUCAUGAAGCGGUGUCAUACGGCUGGCAAGUCCCAGAUGUGAACGCCAUCAAAAUUGACUGGAGCGCCCUCACAGAGUCCGUCCAGAACCACAUCAAGUCCGUCAACUGGGUCACUAGGGUAGACUUGCGCGAUAAGAAGAUCGAGUACAUCAAUGGACUUGGAGAGUUCAAGGACCCGCACACGCUAAUAGCAACACUAAAGAACGGCACGAAGAAGGAGCUGACGGCGCGCAACAUCGUGAUCGCGGUGGGCGGGCGGCCGCACUACCCCGACAUGCCCGGCGGCUUGGAGUACUGCAUCAGCUCUGACGACAUCUUCAGCCUGUCGCAUCCGCCCGGAAAGACGCUGGUUAUUGGCGCUGGAUACAUCGGCCUCGAGUGCGCCGGCUUCCUCAACUCGCUCGGCUACUCGGCCACCGUGCUCGUGCGCUCCGUGCCCCUCCGCGGCUUCGACCAGCAGAUGGCCGGCAUGGUGGUCGCCGAGAUGGAGCAGCGAGGAGUUACGUUCCAUCACAGGACCAUCCCUCUGUCGGUGGAGAAGCUCGAGAAUGGGCAGCUGAAGGCGCGCUGGGUCAACACUGAGACUAAACAAGAGGGCGAAGAUGUUUUCGAUACGGUUCUGCUGGCCACUGGUCGCUACGCGCUCACCAAACAGCUCAACCUAGAAGCCGCUGGGAUCACAUCGUUAUCGCAAAACGGCAAGAUCAUAGCCGAGCACGAACAAACCAACGUCCCGCACAUCUACGCGGUGGGCGACGUGCUGGAGGGCCGGCCCGAGCUCACGCCCGUCGCCAUCCACGCCGGCCGCCUGCUGGCGCGCCGGGUGCUCGCCGGCGGCGCGCAGCACAUGGACUACGAGAACGUGGCCACCACGGUCUUCACGCCUUUGGAGUAUGGCUGCGUUGGGCUCAGUGAGGAGGCAGCCUUACAGAGACACGGCGCCGACAACAUCGAGGUGUACCACGCGUUCUACAAGCCCACGGAGUUCUUCAUCCCGCAGCGCAACAUCCGCAACUGCUACCUGAAGGCCGUGGCGCUGCGCGCCGCGCCGCAGCGCAUCCUGGGCCUGCACUUCGUGGGGCCCGUCGCCGGGGAGGUCAUCCAGGGCUUCGCGGCCGCUAUCAAAUGCGGCAUCACAAUGGAGCAGCUGAUGAACACGGUGGGCAUCCACCCCACCGUGGCCGAGGAGUUCACCCGCCUCAACAUCACCAAGCGCUCCGGCAGGGACCCCAACCCCGCCUCCUGCUGCAGCUAGAGCGGGACCGCCGCCUCGCCGACAGGGACGGAUGACACACACACACGACCAAUACCGAUAUACAUCACACUCAACAUUAUAUUCACACUCACUUUAACAACUCCGUGUCGCAAAUGGGUCAAACACACGCACACGAUCGAUGAGAAAUAAAAGUUGUCUCUUCUAUUCCCGAAAGUUAUGUAUUCUGGAGCUUAGUUCCCUGAAGUGACUUAUAUCGUUUGCGAUUGUCCACAAAUUAGCAGUAGUUAACCAAAAUUGUAAUGCUUGUUUUACUACUCGGAAAUAAAAAAGGCAAAUUUGAUACUAAAUCUGUGUAUGGGCCCCAAAUAUCUCAAUGCGACGCGGAAGAGAUAUGAGACGAUCCGUGAUAGCUAUUCAGUUUUAAAUUUGAAGUUCGUUUCAAUGUCAAACGAAAUAGAAUUUCAACAGGAUUCGAUCAUUUCCGUUAACACAUUUAGUGCCAGCGCUAGAAGCGUAGCUGAUAACAGUGAUAACAUGGGAAAACCCGUAUGUAGCGACAGCGCCUACGAACAGACACCCGCCUAGCGCCUUGCUGGCACUGAAUGUGUUAAUCUACGUUCAAAUAAAGAUUGGGAUUUGCUAGCGCAGAAAUUUGGCUUUAGGUUAUAUUUGACUAGCUUACGCUGGAUUCUAACAUCAAAACAAUGUUGUAACAUAAGUAUUGUGAUGGAAUGUUUUGUAUUUGGGUCUAUUUAGCACAGUUUUUUUGUGAAAUUUUAUAUAUAAAAUCUAUACGUCUCACACGAUGAACAAAUAUGUGGCAAGGCGUGGAACCGGUUUUAAAAAUAGCUGUAAAUACCGGUUUAUUUUGUUUUUACUCUGAACUCUCAUAAGAACGCGAACGUUUUAUGAACUUUAUUGUAACCUAAAUAAACCGGUUUAUUUGACGAGCGACGUGACGGCCGGCCGGUCUGGUGGUGAGCCGCGUAAACAAAGACACGCACAUAGGAAGUAACCGGUUUUUAUUGUUCUAAAGCGGUUAAUCUGACAAGAACUUUAUGGAAAUAUCCUAUAAACCGGUUUACAAAUAAACGGUUUUACGAACGAAAUUAAAAGGUUUUGCGCCAAGUAUAUGAUAACGGUUUGGAAAAACCGGUUUCCGGGCCAAGGUCUCAUGUCCAAGAGCUCCGGACUGUGAAAGUGUUAAAAUUAUUAUUUGUUGAACAGGGUUGCCGGUUUGGACUGCGCUACUUAAAAUACUUGCUACUACAAUACCUGUCAUAAAGAAAAGGACUUUACUAUGUAACAUUUCAAUACUUACAUGGGAAAGAUAUCGCGAAUGAUAUUAUUAAUCUUAUCGACGCUCGAAUGAUCGUAUGAUUUACGUCUAAUUACUAAUUAAAAACAUUACGAAUAAAGUCUUCUAAAAGAUUUAGGGUGGAGUUUUGAAUGUUGAGCGCUCAAAACGCUUAGAAUACACCCUGUAGCAAAAUUUAAAUGGAAAGUUUAUUGUAGUUAGAAAACUUGCACAAUUAUAUAUUAUGAAAUGAAUUUAUCAAUUUGUCUAGUGUAACUAAGAAGAUUCUACCUUAAAAAAACUAGGUGGUAUGUAUCUUUCUUAUGUGACUGGCACUUUUCAAAACCUGAGAUGUCUGGACAAUAGUUUGGAUUUAUUCCACUAGUGAGAACAAAUUUUACUAAUAAAUAAUAAUAUCGUUGUCGCAAACUUUAUAUAUUAUGAUUAAAUGUCGAGCCUCACCACUUAUUUUUGUGAAACUUCUGUGGUCUGCAUCAAAUAUGUUUAUACAAUAUAAUAUCUAAAUAUGUUGGUGAAAUUUGACCAAGUCAAAUAAACUAAUAAGUAUAUGGUUUCUUUCGUAAAUUAAUGUAUUUGAUGACGACAUUAACGAGUAUAUCCUAAGCUUUUCUUAUCUAUGGUAAUAGAACAAUAAAACUAGUUAAUUACAGACAAUUGAAUGAUAUUACUCAAACAGUAUUAAUUUAAUACAAUAUCACAAAUUGUUUGUUUACCACGAUGCGAGGCUGCACAUUCCGCAUGAGACGUAUUCAAUCAGUUGAUGUUAUUUUACAUUUAUACCUAUGUGAUUGUACUCUUUUAAUAAAGUGAUAUAUUUUUAUUGA